AUGAUCUGGUUUGCUGCCCUGGGGCUCGUGUUGCCAAUGGUGGCGGGCCAAGCAGCACUCUGGGGUCAAUGCGGCGGAACUGGGUGGACUGGAGCUACAACGUGUGUCACAGGGGCAUGCUGCACUUAUAGCAAUCCAUACUAUUCCCAGUGCCGUGCGUGUACCACAUGUAGCCUCCCCUCCGUUUAUAAGUGGGAAUCGACCGGUCCCCUGGCAGAUCCAGAGUCUGGCUAUGUUUCUCUCAAGGAUUUCAGCCACGUCCCGUACAAUGGCCAGCACCUGGUAUAUGCGUCAGACGUCAACAGCACGGGACAUUACGGCUCAUUGAAUUUUGGCCUUUUCUCAGAUUGGAAUUCAAUGGCCUCGACAAGCCAGAACGUGAUGACCCAAGCUGCUGUGGCGCCGAACGUGUUCUAUUUUGCGCCAAAGAACAUCUGGGUGAUGCCCUACGAAUGGGGCGCAAGCCCUUUCAUGUACAGGACGUCGAGCGACCCGACCAAUGCAAAUGGAUGGUCAUCAACUCAGUCGCUAUUCACCGGCUCCAUCUCGGGAUCUAGUCCAAUUGAUCCGGCUCUCAUUGCUGAUGACACUACCAUGUACCUGUUCUUUGCGGGAGAUAACGGCUACAUCUACAGGGCUUCGAUGCCAAUUGGAGACUUCCCGGGAAGCUUCGGCUCGUCCUAUACCACGGUCUUGAGCGAUUCAACACAUAAUCUCUUUGAAGCCGUUCAGGUCUAUUCUGUGCAAGGCCAAAACCAAUAUCUUAUGAUCGUCGAAAGCAUUGGUUCCACCAACGACAGGUACUUCCGCUCGUUCACUGCCUCCAGUCUCGAUGGCUCGUGGACCCCGCAGGCUACCAGCGAGUCUGCACCGUUUGCUGGCAAAGCCAACAGUGGUGCCACCUGGACCAACGACAUUAGCAGUGGUGAUCUCAUCCGGAGCAGUCCCGAUCAGACGAUGCCCAUUGAUCCAUGUAACUUGCAGUUCCUCUAUCAAGGGCGAGCCAUUGGCUCUGGGGGCUCGUAUAGCCUCUGGCCAUACCGCCCUGGGCUCUUAACGCUUGUGCGCUAG